CUGCAGACUACUUCAGAGAAAAUGGUAAACACUUCUCAUGGUGAUGAGGAAAAAGGAAUUCAAGACAAGGAAAGCAAGGAGGAAACCAUUUUGGCCAUGCUAGGCAUUAUUGGGACGAUCCUCAACUUGGUUGUUAUUAUCUUUGUGUACAUCUACACAACACUGUAAACUACAAUACUGCCGUGUGGAGCAACAGGACAAAACUGCAUAAUGCUUCAUGUCAAAAUAUUCAGUCUGGAAAAUCACAUUACUGACUACCAGAAAGAAUACAGACAUCUCAGACUAUAUGGAAAAUACAGUGUUAGUAUUUUCCAGAGGCUCAAGAGAAGACCAUG